GGUCUUCCCUCACGGCCCCCUGCGCUCGCCCCGGGUGGGGGUCCCCUCACCCCCACGGCGGGGCCGUCGGAAGGGAGGAGCAGGCCGAGCGGUGCCGGCCCGAAGACUUCGCCUCGGAAAUGUUAGCCGAAGGCUGCCUAAACGGCCUCCCCUACCGAGGGAAGAAAGAAUCCCACCCUCCGAACCCCCACCAGUGCCCGGGAAAGCCAAAGCCCGGGAACGACACGUGGCAGAGCCAGCUGCGAGGCCCGGAAGACGGGGCCGUUCCCCCCGCGGGCCCCAGAAGCCGGGAACGGGUGGUCCCCGGCGUGCCCCGGUUGGGGCGGGGAGAACGUCCUCGGGGGACUGUGGGCGAGAGGACCAUCCCGGGGGCUCCGGUGCCCGCUUUGGGCGGUGCCCCCGGGGCUGGCGGAGGAGAGGGCCAGCUGGACCUGUACCGGUCCUGGUCCGGAGCCAGCAUCUGCAGGGCCUACCCCGACCUCCAGAUCGGCGGCGACCGCGUGGCCAGCAUUUACGACGGCGUGGACGGCGGCCCGCCCGGCAGCACCUCCCCAGGCCCGGUCCUGCUCUCGGCGGACAUCCCGCCGGGCCAGCCGGCCGGAGAGGAGCCGCCCGGGGCCCCCUCCGCCCCGGGCCCGCCGCGGGGGGACGAGGCCCCGGAGAGGAGCCUGUUACCGGGUGGGCUGCCCCUGACCAACUCCUUGCUGAACAGUUACAUGGAGAAGAAGGUGGAGGAGCUGUACAAGCAGUUUUUUGACGAGAACCUGACCAGGUGCGGCUCCGUGUCCCACCUGGUGGCUUCCGGAGCCCUCACGUCGCACCUCCCGCAGGCCGGAGGCCAGCGGGGCCCGGAGUCCGGCCCCGAGCUGGGGCCGGCCCGCCCGGGGGUCCCGCAGCCCCUCGCCCCGCUCCGCCUGGGCAGCGCGGCCGGGGCCGGGGGCAGCGUCGAACUCAGCACCCCCAACCUGCAGAUCUCCACCCAGUCGAGCAAGGAAGCGGCCCCCGCCGGGGCCCCUGCCCUCGUUUGAAACGGCGGGCUGCCCACCACAGCCCCCCGCCGGUGCCUGGCCGGGCUGGCAGUAGAGGGGCGCGGGGGCCAGAUGCAGGAGCCCUGAAGUGGGGGAUCCCAAGCCGGCACUGCCAGGCGAAGACCAGAAAGCAGUGAGGUCUAGCGGAUCGGGCCCAGGUCCGGGAGUCAGA